GUUAUAUCAGAGUUGUAAUAAUUUAUAGAAUAAUACAGCCAAGAUGAAAUCCAACGAGACUGCCCUCUCCUACUUCCUUAUUAGAGAGAUAAUCCGAUGCUUCCUUGACAGCAUGAACUAUAUGGAAGAAAGCGAGAUUAUCAAGUAUGCGCUUAUAGAAUUGAAGAAGAGUGACCUUGAGUUCAUGAGCAAGAAAGAAAAUGAAGACAAAUCCAACCUAAAUUUCAAAGUGAUAUACUCUUUAUUUGAUCUCCUUGAGAAUCUUGGGUUGAUCUCAAGAAAACUUGAGAACAACCAGAGGUUUCUUAAAUGGGUCGGCUUUGCUCAGUGUCGCAAAAAGUACGGAAUUGUCUUCAAAGUUGAUGCGAACAAAAUAUCGAAAGAGAAGAUUAUCAACAUGAAGGUCUCUGAUGGUGCUCAACGAAAAUACGCGACCAAUAAUGAGCAGUUCAUUGCUGCUUUCUUCUACCAAAUUUAUACAAAACAAAGAGACAGCGCAGAUAAGUACAUCUCAAGUCUGGACUACGAACAACUCAAGAACGAAAUUCUCCUCAGAGAUGUAGGCGUCAAAGAGACAGAAGAAAGCUUGGGCAAACUCCGAAGCCUGAUGCAAAUUAUGGUAUACAUUGGCUUGGUUCAGAAGAAAGGAGUCCUUGAAAUGCUGAAAAACGAAGAAGAGAAAAUAAACUCAAGUGAGUACUCCAAAUUCAUAUCUCAAAGCAAAUCCCAAAACAAAGGAUAUUGAUGGAUAUUCAAGCAUGUUGAUGUCUUGAUGGAUGAAGAAUACAAGCUAGAUGAGAAAGAGUAUUUCGAGCAGAGGAAUAAGGACUUUAAGAUUGAGUUCAAGAAAUUACCUCCCAAAACAACCCCGAAUAUGAUGGAUGAUCAAAUCUCAGGCUAUGCACUUCUUCAAGGGAAGAAAUGGCAUUAUAUCAUGAAAUCUCUAGUAAUCAUCAUUGGAAGAGCGCCUACUCCUGUUUUAAAGAACACAAAUACUCCACACACGACUGCAGGGAGGGGAUUCAAAGGCUCUAUAACAUGGCAUGUCGACUUAGAAAUAAAUCCCUCAAUUCCCACUUCAGCUGCGACUUCUCGCCAGCAAGCGUUCAUCGCAUUCAACUUCUACACAGAGAAUUUCGAGAUCAAGAACCUAUCAGAAACACAACUGCUUUACAUAAACGGCAAAUCCUACAGCCACAGUGACGACCCUGUCCCCCUCGAGACCAACGACAUGAUCCAAGUAAACUCCGAAGACUUCGUAUUCCUCCUACCUAAGACCAAAUAAUUUUCAAUCUUCUUCCCAAAAAA